AUGCCCAGGUCCUUCCUGGUGAAGAAGGUGAAGAUCGAUGACUUCCCUGCCGGCCUCGACGCUCCCUACGGCAGAGCCCGGGCGGAAUUCGGCUCCCGGCUGCACGAGAAGGCCCCCUACCUCGGCGACUACAUGGCCCCCAGCUCCUACCCCGGCGACGCCGACGCCUCAGACCCCCUCAAAGUCCCAUCACCGACCUCCCUCUACCCGUCCGCCCGAGGCGGGGGGGAUUUCGCCGCCUCCGAUUCGGACCCCCCCGACAGCCCCCGCUCCGCGUUGGCCGGCGGUUACAUCAACGGCGACGCAGCCGUCAGCGAAGGUUACGCCGUCGACGCCUUCUUCAUCACCGACGGCCGCUCGCGUCGCAAAGCCCCCAACGGCACCGCGACCCCCUCGACCCCCAGACCCCCCCGGCAACGUCACGCUUGCGGCGAAUGCGGCAAAACCUACGCCACCUCCUCCAACCUGAGCCGUCACAAACAGACGCACCGUAGCCUGGAUAGCAAAAUGGCCAAGAAAUGUCCGACCUGCGGAAAAGUCUACGUCUCCAUGCCGGCGAUGGCCAUGCAUCUCCUGACCCACGACCUGAAGCACAAAUGCGAGGUUUGCGGCAAAGCUUUCAGCCGUCCUUGGUUGUUGCAGGGCCACAUGCGUUCGCACACCGGGGAGAAGCCUUUCGGUUGCGCCCACUGCGGCAAAGCUUUCGCCGACCGUUCCAACCUGCGCGCUCACAUGCAGACCCACUCGGCCUUCAAGCACUUCAAGUGCAAGAGAUGCAGCAAAACCUUCGCCCUCAAGUCCUACCUGAACAAGCACUACGAGUCCGCCUGCUUCAAAGGAGCCCCGACCGCAGCCGCAAACCUCAGGGCUUGA